AUGGAAGAAUUCAAAAAAGAAAUUAAAAGAGCACUUUCCAACAGAGAGACACAGAAGAGAGAAAUAAGACAGGCAGAAAUACUUAGAAUAGUCAGGGAAAGGACAAAGUACGUAUAUAAUCAGUUUAAAAGGCAAGAAAUAACAGAGAAACAGAUGGGUGAAAUUGCAAGAACAGAAGGUGCAUACUUCCCUUUAAUAAAGAGAUGGAAAGAGUCAGAAGAAAAAGGAGAAAAUAGAUUGAUUUGUUGCCUUCUUUGCAUAAGAAAUGGGAAAAGAUGCAUAUGCAGGCGGGUACCAGGGAUACCCUGCAUAAAUUGUUUGUGCUCUGGGGAGUGCAUGGUUAAGCAUGGGAAUACCACGGAUGAACAUGGGAAAUAG